AUGUCUAGAUCAACCAUCUUAUUCCGACCUAUAAUCCGGUCUCAACCUAUUUCCCUUCUUCAAAUCCGACACGCCUCUUCUUCUUCCUCCUCUUCAUCCUCAUCUUCACCACUAUCAUCAACAUCAUCGUCAUCAGCUUCUCCACUGGCAGCUCAACUAGAACCACCUUCAGCAACUUCAUCAAGGGCAUCAACUUCUUCAACUCAAUUACCACUUACAUGGCCCAAUUAUCUCAACUUGCGAAAACAAAGGAGGUUAUGGUCAAGUAUAACUACAAUCCCUACAACGUUCGCGGGAUUAUUCAUCGGUGGUGGCUAUUUCGCUAGUUUGGAAACGGAUCCUAGUCAGUUGAUAAUGGGUAUCGAAGCUAUGUAUGUUUAUGGAGGUGCAACACUGGGAUGUAUGGCUCUCGGAUACCUUGCAGGACCAACACUCGGUUCAUCCUUAUUCUCCCUUACUCAUUCAUCGAUAUCACGGGGUAACAACUCACCAUUGGAAAUAAUGGAUCGUGAAUUCUUCAAUAGGAUAAAACGUAAUAGGGCUGAUCCAAGAUUCCAAUCUGCUCAAAAUAUCAUUCCUGAUUUCUAUGGUGAAAAGAUCACCUCCCUCUCAACAUACAGAAGAUGGUUGAGAGAUCAAGCUGUGUACAAGAGAAAAGCGAUGCACGGCGUACCUGCAGAGGAUCUCUAG